GUCCCGGUUCUGAGGCCCCCAGUCACCUGCCCGGACUCGGAUUCUCCCCAGACACCGAGGCUGGGGUCAUGGAGCCCCGAAGCCGCCUUCUGCUGCUUUCGGGGGCUCUGGCCCUGACUGAGACCUGGCCGAGCUCCCACUCCCUGAGGUAUUUCAGCACCACUGUGUCCCGGCCCGGCGGCGGGGAGCCCCGGUACUUCUCAGUGGGCUACGUGGACGACACUCAGUUCCUGCGGUUCGACAGCGACGCCGAGAUUCCGAAGACUGAGCCGCGGGCGCCGUGGGCGGAGCAGGAGGGGCCGGAGUAUUGGGACCUGUUGACACGGAGAACAGAGGCCUGCGCACAGGCUUGCCGAGUGAGCCUGCGGGACAUACGCGGCUACUACAACCAGAGCGAGGCCGGGUCUCACACCCUCCAGGUGUUGUUUGGCUGCGACCUGUGGCCCGAUGGGCACCUCCUUCUCGGGUACUGCCGCAUAGCCUACGACGGCAAGGAUCACGUCGCCCUGAACGAGGACCUGCGCUCCUGGACAGCCGCGGACACGGUGGCUGAGUUCACCCAGCGCAAGUUGGAGGCGGAGAAGUAUGCAGAGCAGUUGAGGGCACAGCUGGAGGGAGAGUGCGUGGAGAUGCUCAAAAGAUACUUGGAGAACGGGAAGGAGACGCUGCAGCGCGCAGAACCCCCAAAGACACACGUGACCCACCACCCCAUCUCUAACCAAGAGGUCACCCUGAGGUGCUGGGCCCUGGGCUUCUACCCUGCAGAGGUUACACUGACCUGGCAGCGGGAUGGGGAGGACCAAACUCAGGACACAGAGCUUGUGGAGACCAGACCAGCAGGGGACGGAACCUUUCAGAAGUGGGCGGCUGUGGUGGUGCCUUCUGGAGAAGAGCAGAGAUACACGUGCCAUGUGCAGCACGAGGGGCUGCUGGAGCCCCUCAGCCUGAGAUGGGAGCCAUCUUCCCAGCCCACCAUCCCCAUCAUGGGCAUCAUUGCUGGCCUGGCUGUCCUAGCAGCUGUGGUCACUGGAGCUGUGGUCACUGCUGUGAUGUGGAGGAGGAAGAGCUCAGGCAGUGACAGUGCCCAGGGCUCUGAUGUGUCUCUCAGGGCUUGUAAAGUCUGAGACAGCUGCCUUGUGUGGGACUGAGAUGCAGGAUUUCUUCACUCCUCCCCUUUGUGACGUCAAGAGCCUCUGGCAUCUCUUUCUGCAAAGGCAUCUGAAUGUGUCUGUGUCCCUGUUAGCACAAUGUGAGGAGGUGGAGAGACAGCCCACCCCAUGUCCACCAUGACCCCUGUCCCCACACUGACCUGUGUUCCCUCCCCAGUCAUCUUUCCUGUUCCAGUGAGGUGGGGCUGAGCGUCUUCAUCUCUGUCUCAAUUUCAUGGUGCACUGAGCUGUAACUGCUUCCUUCCCUACUGAAAAUAAGAAUCUGAACAUAAAUGUGUUUUCUCAAAUAUUUCCCAUGAGAGGUUGAUUGGUUAAUUAAACAAGUCAAUUCCUAAAAUCUGAGAGAGGAAAUAAAGACCUGAGAACCUUCCAGAAUCCA